CUAAAUUCCCAAAUUUAGUAAAGACGCGGUCUUCAUCUAAAAUUUCUCCAACGAAUCCAUCACCACAACUACCUAUUACUACAACCAAAUCUAUACUUAGAGAGUCUAACAAAAGUUUUUCUAAAAGAUCGCAAUCAACCGGUUCCAAUCAAAUACGUCAAAAUCGUAAAAUGAAAAGUCCAGAAAUCAAUCUAAAUGAAUAUCAAAAUGAACGGGAUGACAGAAAUCUCGAUAAAGAAAGAGAUGAUAAUGAUUGUUCUCUGGAACCAUAUUAUCAACCUCAACCUAUAAAUGAAAAUGAUGAUUUUAACAAUUCUAAAGACAUUGAAACAGAAUAUGAUGAAUAA